GCGCCGCUCUGGCCAGGCCGCCUCGUCGGCGCGCACCGCGGCCCCGCGUCCCGCGCCUCCUCCCCGCGCAGCCCGCGCGGCCGCCGCGGGACCCCUCGCCGGGCCGGCCUGACGGCGGAGGAGCCGGCACCAUGCACGGGCGCCUGAAGGUGAAGACGUCGGAGGAGCAGGCGGAGGCCAAGCGGCUGGAGCGGGCGCAGAAGCUGAAGCUCUACCGCGCCGCCACCCAGGCCGUCUUCCAGAAGCGCCAGGCGGGCGAGCUGGACGAGUCCGUGCUGGAACUCACAAGCCAGAUUCUGGGCGCCAACCCUGACUUUGCCACUCUCUGGAACUGUCGACGGGAGGUGUUCCAAAGGCUGGAGACCCAGAAGUCCCCCGAGGAGUUGGCUGCUCUGGUGAAGGCCGAGCUGGGCUUCUUGGAGAGCUGCUUGCGCGUGAACCCCAAGUCCUAUGGAACCUGGCACCACCGCUGUUGGCUGCUCAGCCGCCUGCCUGAGCCCCAGUGGGCCCGGGAGCUGGAGCUGUGCGCGUGCUUCCUCGAGGUGGACGAACGCAACUUUCACUGCUGGGACUACCGGCGGUUUGUGGCCGCACAGGCGGCCGUGGCCCCCGCCGAGGAGCUCGCCUUCACCGACAGCCUCAUCACCCGCAACUUCUCCAACUACUCCUCCUGGCACUACCGCUCCCGCCUGCUGCCCCGGCUGCACCCCCCGCCCGACGCCGGCCCCCAGGGGCGCCUCCCCGAAGACGUGCUGCUCAAAGAGCUGGAGCUGGUGCAGAACGCCUUCUUCACCGACCCCAACGACCAGAGCGCCUGGUUCUACCACCGCUGGCUCCUGGGUCGCGCCGACCCCCAGGACGCCCUGCGCGGCCUGCACGUGAGCCGGGAGGACGCCUGUCUGGCCGUCUGCUUCUCGCGGCCCGUCCUGGUGGGCUCCGGCGCCGAGGCCUUGCUGCUCACGGUGGACGGGUCCCUGCUGACGGCGGAGUGGAGGACCCCCGACGGCAGGAACCGGCACAGCCCCGUCUGGCUCUGCGACCUGCCUCCCGCCUCCCUCGACGGCCAGCGGCCCCAGCACACCUACCGCGUCACCUGGACGGCCAGCGGCUCCCAGAAGGAAUGUGUGCUUUUCCAAGGCCGCCAGGAAUGCUGGUGCCAGGACUCGGCCACCGACGAGCAGCUGUUCAGGUGCGAGCUGUCGGUGGAGAAGUCCACGGUGCUGCAGUCCGAGCUUGAGUCUUGCAAGGAGCUGCAGGAGCUGGAGCCGGAGAACAAGUGGUGCCUGCUCACCAUCAUCCUGCUCAUGCGCGCCCUGGACCCCCUGCUGUACGAGAAGGAGACGCUGCAGUACUUCCAGACCCUCAAGGCCGUGGAUCCCAUGCGCGCCGCCUACCUGGACGACCUGCGCAGCAAGUUCUUGGUGGAGAACAGCGUGCUCAAGAUGGAGUACGCCGACGUGCGCGUGCUGCACCUGGCUCACAAGGACCUGACCGUGCUCUGCCAUCUGGAGCAGCUGCUCCUGGUCACCCACCUGGACGUGUCGCACAAUCGUCUCCGCGCCCUUCCCCCGGGCCUGGCCGCGCUGCGGUGCCUCCAGGUGCUGCAGGCCAACGACAAUGCCAUAGAGUCCCUGGACGGCGUGGCUCACCUGCCCCAGCUGCGCGAACUGUUGCUGUGCAACAACCGCCUCCCGCGGCCGGGAGCGCUGCAGCCCCUGGCCUCCUGCCCCCGGCUCGGCCUCCUCGACCUCCGCGGGAACCCGCUGGGCCGAGCGGGCGACGUCUCGGAGCGCCUGGCCGAGCUGCUGCCCGCGGUCGGCAGCGUCCUCACCUGAAUAAAGAGCUGCCCCGCC